AUGUCUUCAUCUCAAGAAAUAACAGAGCUCUCGGCUCGGGAGUCCCGUGUCAUCGGCGCACUACUCGGUGUUCACGCCGGUGAUUCGCUAGGUGCCACACUCGAAUUCAGUUCUCAUGAAGAAAUCGCCCAUCACUAUCCCAACGGCCUGCGAGAUAUCGUCGGUGGCGGCCCCUUCAACUGGGCAGCUGGUCACGCAACAGACGACACUGAUAUGGCGCGCGGAGUUUUGCUGGCAUAUCAUGACCACAAUUGCCUCGGCCUCGGAGACGACGUUGCACGGCUGGCUGGUGAUUACUUCAUCAAGUGGCUGCGAGGUGACUGGCCAGACAGACGACCAGGCACAUAUCCAGAUGAUAUCGGCGGCGCCACUUCCACAGGCUUGGAAAUUUACGAAAAGACAAGAGAUCCGGACCGUGCGGGAGCUGGAGAGGGAAAUGCUGGAAAUGGCAGUUUGAUGCGAUGCAUCGCCACCGGCUUGUUCCAGCCUGACCCAGAAAAAUUGAUCAGGGAGAGUCAGCGCAUCAGCAAAAUCACACACGACGACAAAAGAUGCACCAUCGCAUGCGCCGCUUAUAACACGAUUGUAUCCAAGCUCAUUAACCAGGUCAACCCGGCAAAGGCCAUUGAAGCAGGCCUGAGCGUGGCAGAGACCCUCGAAAGAACAUCAACAGGCCCAGUCUACGAAGCAAUCGAGCUCGGCAUGUCACUUGACGUUGCGAAAAUGGCUAAAGAAGGGUCUCCGCGAGAGUUGAAGGGUCGAUUUGGCGGGUUUGUGCUCGGAUCCCUGAGCCUUGCUAUUGCCGCACUUCUGGACAGUCGAAGCUUGGAAGAUAUCGUGGUUGAUGUUGUUCGAAUUGGACAUGAUACAGAUACAAACGCAGCAAUAGCCGGCGGGCUUCUUGGUGCUAGGGAUGGAUUAACAGGUAUUCCUCAGCACUGGAGAUCGAUUUUGCAAUUUGGUGACGAAUUUGAGGAGGUGGCUUUGAAGUUGUUACGGAAGCCUCAAACAUAG